AUGGAUUUGGAAAACUAUCUCGCCAGUGAAAAUCGCCAUUACCGAAAUACACCAUUUCUUCUUGGGGUCGAGGUGACCUCUUACUCUGCCUCUGCUAUUGGUUCGGACGCCAUAGUUGGCAGCUCAAUCGCUCCGUCAUCCCCUGUCCUCAGUACGUGCAGUGAGAGUGUUUAUUCCACGGCAUCCCCGAAGCAAAGUCAUACUAUCGAGAAUAAUGGAAUGCCCAGCAGCCUGGCUCAUGUCAAUUCGGCUCGGAGUAGCCAAAAGCUUGCAUCAUUUGAUAGACCCCAAGUCCAGGCUCAAGCUGCUUAUCUGGAAACAACGGUUGGAAAGCUCCGGACAGAAUUGGCGCGCGUCCGAGACAGCACUUCAAUCACGGACCUUUCCAACUCCCGUCUUAGUCUGUCUUCAAUUGAAAGAGAUCUCUCCACAAAAUUCGAAUUACCCAAUACAAAGUAUCGGCAUGUCUCGCGGCACUUCACCCAGCUUCAAGGGGUCUACGGCAAGGCGUUCUCCGACAUCUCCAAGGCUGCUUCUGCAGAGGCUGGUCCACGUUCAGAUCUGAAUUCUAUCCAAUUGACCCUGGAAAGCUCGAUUGAUCCGAUCGCCGAAGAAUACGAAAGUUUUAUCCUUUCCCUUGAGGCUCAGCUGGAUACUAUCGGAGCGACGCCAACAAAGCGGACUGCGAAAACAGAAGCCGUACCGACGGGCAUGAAUGUGAUCAGCCUGGCUGGGAGCCAGUUCUAUCCAUCCGCAAACCGGAAGGAACUAUCUGAUCGAAAGGCGGAGCGCAUCUCACAAACCGCCAGCUCAGAGGCUGCUAUAAAAGACGUGCGCAUGUCCAACGGUUUUCGCCUUGAUGACGGGGAAUCACAAGCCCCGGGAGGAAAAGGAGAGAAAGAAAGGCCCCGAGACCUUGCAAAAGCUUUGGAACAAUCUGAACCGGGGAGAGGCAAGACGCUACCAGAUGCAAACGCAACACAGUUGAAAUCAUUGCGCGAAAAUCAAGGAGACGGCAGGUUGCUCAGCAGUUUCCAGGAGCUUCAGAUUCGCCACGCAACAACUGUUGAUGAACUCGAACAAAUCAGAACACAGUACCUCAAUACUUUAAAAGAGCUAGAUGAGGUGACAGCUCGACAUGAGGAAGCACAGCGAAGGCAGCGAUCGCCCUCAAUGUUUCGCAGACCAGCUCUAGCUCAUCUGACCAUGAACUCUUACUCCACCCCAAGCUCAACUUCUGCUACGGUUCCAUCCUCACCCGGUCCCAUCACGACGCGAAGAACGCCAGUUUACAAUGGUAAUUUGCCCCUUGUCAGCCGCCGCUCAGGUAGGCCAGCUUAUUCUGAAAGUCCUAAGGAAGACCUGGCGCAAAAGGAGGAAAUACUCGAAACGAUCAAUGUGAAUGACCAUUCGGAGCAGUCGCGGCUCCAAGAGAAUUCAGCACAACUCUCCUCAGACGGAAGGUCCAAUCGCUCGUUGUCUGUCAGGAAAAGCACGAAUGUGACGUCCGUUGGACCUACCAAAAGAGCUUAUUCGAAUUCACGAACUCCUAGCCUUCAACCCCUCAAUCUCCCACUGAUUCGCUCCUCGUCGUUAUCUCUAUCACAAUACUCAGCACUGCGAGGGUAUGGGAAGUCUCCAAAUUCCCCCGCCAAUUCAUAUUCUGUGGAAGGGUCUUCUUCACCCCUCAUGCUCGAUUUCCCCAACGAACAACAGACCCCUCGCAACGCCGAACGAAGUCAUGAGAGCUUGGAGAAAGAAGUUCUCCAACUGCAGGAAGUUUUGAAAGAGCGCGAGGAGGAAAUUCGAGAGUUGGAGUUAACAGUUCGCCAAGCAACUAGCCUGAGUGAAUCGGUGGCGUCCCUCAAAUCAGAAUUCAAUGACGACCAGAGCAGCUUGAAUGGUUAUACCCGCGUCUCAGUUUCUCAAAUGCCUCGGAAUUGCAAUGUCAAAGGACGCCAGUCAAUGGCACCUUCCGGCUCCUUUAAUAUGCAGGGAAACAAAGAAGAUAAUCACCCCUUACCAGGCGUUUCUUGCGUCGUUGAGUUUUCUCAAAAGCCUUUUUCCAAUACUAACCGGAACGAACUUGCAAUCUCUGACAACAUCAAGAGUCUCAACGUGCUUAUGCGAUCGAUGGCGAAGAAAGAAACAGACUUCCUGGAGACGAUUAAAAAUCUGAAGUCUCAGCUUAAAUCUACCGAGCGUAAGAAUGAAGACCUCGCGAAACUCUCAGCAGACCAGAUGGCGAACAUGUCCUCUGAAAUCGAAGGGUUACAUGAUAGGCUGAAGAUCUCCCAAGCAAUUAAUCCUGAAGUUAGUAGCGAAAAGCUGCAAGAGCAGGCUUCAAACGGCGAACAACUCAGGCAGAGCGAAAUUCAAGCACUCAAAGAUGAACAAGAGUUGCAAUUAGAAAAACUGAAGACGGAGCGCAGCGAAAAUUUCAAUCAACUCUUUACAUUCACCAAUGACAAACUGAUGGCCAAGGAGGAGCAACUCAUACAGCUCGAAGCUCGUUGGCAGGCCACGCUGAAAGCCGAAUUGACCGCUCAAGCCGAUUUCAUCUGGGCAGAAUCUGACAAUCAACAGAGCAACUUGGUUAAAGCGCAGCUGAAAUCGUUCCAGGCAAAAUCUUCUCGAGAAAGAGACAAAUUCAAUCACGAGAUCGACCAAUUGACCAAGAAGCACAAAGAAGAAAUCGAAAGGUUGAGGGAAGAGAUGGCCACAAAACUCAACAGUGCCGAAGCUCGUUUUGCGAACAGGAUUCAGGAAUUCGAACAGCUACAUGCGCAAAAAGCGGCACAAGUUACUUCCAUUAUGCCAUCCGAUACGAGGAAAAUGACGGCGAGCUCUGAUGGAGCCUCCCAGGAUCAUCUCGAGGAAUUCCAACCAUGGCACGUGGAGAAAAAUCAGCUGGUGUCCCGAAAUUACGAACUUGAAAAUGAAAAGCUUUACCUGGUCUCCGAACAUGAGAUGCGACUAGAACAACUGAAAGCUGAGCAUGCGCGUGAGAUUUCUGCACUCCAGGCCGACAAUGACGAUACUUUGAUCGCUGCGUUGUCAGAGUUGGACCAGCGUCGAACCAACAAGUUUCAAGCUCAAGUGAAGAUGAUGGAAGAGGCUCAUGUUAUGCAGAUCAAUGAAAUCAAGCGGAUUUACGAACAGAAACUCGGUAUACCUACGACGAAGGAGAAGAAACGCGCUUACCAGCCACACGAUGCGAGCAAACAUUCAGACCCUGCUGACGUUCGCUCGGUCGAGUCUCCAGAUCACUGCAGUAACAGUGAUUCGUCUUCGGCUAGUGCUGAAGAACAGAGCACGAUCGACACGGCUGUCUUGGAUCCUCGCAUGCUCAAAAAGAUUGAAGAUCAAGAUAGUGCAAUCUCGAAGCUCACCAAGCAACUUGCACAGUGUGAGGGUAACCUGAAAGCUAACAUAUCUGCAAUCGCUCAACUCGAAGAUGCUCUUAACGAUACCGAGCGUAAUCUGAGGAAAUCAAGGCUGCAGAUGAAUGGGUUGGUUCAAGAGCGGGAUAAGAUGUCGAUCGUGAACCAAAGACUGCGGAUGGAGCUGCUACGAUCACAAGCUGAAGUUGAACAGAUCAAGCAAGGCUUACAAGCAGAAAAGCAGCAACUCGAGAGCAAGUUGGAAGAAGAGAAGCUGGCCAAAGAAGCUGCUCGGACUCUGCUAGAAACGAGGAUGCUCGAGAUGGAGAAGAGUCAAGGGAAAAAGAGUAAAUUCAAUUGCUUUUGA